AUGGGUCCGGAUGACUGGUGGAUGAUCGUGACUAUGAUCUGUAACCUCGUCGGUCUCGGCUUUGUGACAAAGGAGGUCCAAGACGGCGAGGGAAGACAUAUGUAUUACCUUUCCAAAGGGAUGAUUGAGAAUUUUGGGGUCAUAGGCGUUUCAAAUCUAUUGCUCACCUUGCUGACAACCAUAGUCUUCUCCGCCCUCUCCGACAUCAUCCUAGCAACGACUCCACUCCUCUUCCUUAGCGGGCUACAAAUCUCCCUCCGCACAAAGAUUGCUCUCUGGAUCCUAAUGGGCGCGGGCUACAUCACUGCAGCCUGCGCCAUAGUCCGCACCGCGCUAUCGGGUCAAAUCCUCGAGAUCGACCAAACCUACGCCAUGAUUCCGAACGCGGCGUGGCGAGCCACAGAAGUUAAUCUCGGCAUCGUCUGUGCCAACGCCCCGAUUCUGCGGCCGCUGUAUCUGUGGUGGAGGGGCCGCCUGCAGCGGAAAACGAAAGGCACAACGCACGGGAGUUCGUACGUGGCUACGAAGGGCAGUGGAGGACCGGGCAGAGAGGGGAAGAGCAAGGUUCGCUUGUGGCCGGGAGGAACGAGGUGGAUGAGCACUGGGGGGACGACAGAUGGAGGGGAGAGCGCCGAGGGCUUUAGUGGGAGUGAGGAGACAAGGAGGAGUGGGUACACAGAAGCAACGGCGGAGAUGGGAUUGCCGUUACAGGGGUAUAAUGCUGGAGGCAAUGAAGUGAGGAAGAGCGCGGAAAGUGAAGACGCUUGUGUGAGGAGAAGUGCAGGCACUGGCGAGCCGGAGGGAUGGUUCGACGACACGAGGGCAAGGCUGGCAGAGGAGGAGUGGCAGCCACCGCAGGCUCUGUUCCCGUACGCAGAGAGAUCCGAAGUUCUGUAUGGCUUUGUCCAGAAGAUUGCCGAUGAAUUUGCAACCAACGCAAGUGGUGAACGGUACAAAGCCGUGGCAAGGAGUUUCAGAAUCCCUUACUGGGACUGGACUGUCGAACCGGAAGAAGGCGAACCAUACUUUCCUAGUAUUUUAACGCAGGAAACGCUCGUGAAAUUUCCUGUACCAGGCUCCCAAAAGACCGCUGAGGAACGAGACGGAAAACCUUUGCGCAAUCCAUUGUAUCAGUUCGAGUUCAAGUCGGCUGACCUCCGAGAAAAAGAUUUCCGCGACGACGAUUAUUUUUCAGCAGUCCCAAAAACCGUGCGUAGGCCUGACGGAAAGGGCGUUUCGAACCACAAGGACGUGGAGGAUGUUGUUGCUGGCUCAGUCAAUAAUCUACGCGAGACAAGCUUCUUGUUGCUAUCAUCGUAUCUGAAAUACAAACCUUUCAGUAACGACAAAUGGGCCUUAAAUGGACAGGAUGCGGGCGCCUAUGGAAGUCUUGAAGAUAUCCAUAAUGGGAUGCAUGGCAAUGUUGGCGGUGGGGGGCACAUGGGCCAGAUCCCAUACGCCGCUUUCGAUCCAGUAUUUUGGCUUCACCACACGAAUAUUGAUCGUCUCUUCGCGAUUUGGCAAGCACUUAACCCUGGUGAAGAAAGCAUUGAAAAAUACGUGACGACCCAGCCCAAUCCUUGGGGAACUUUCAUCACCACGCCGAAUAGCGUGGAGUCCAUAGACACACCUCUCACGCCAUUCGGCGCUUCUGGAGGCGAGUACUACACAUCAGCCCAAGUCAAAAAGACUGAGCCUUUUGGCUAUGCGUAUCCAGAGACGCAAGCCUGGAAAUAUCAGCAUCAAAAAGAUUAUUACACUGCCAUCAUCAAGGCUUUGAGGGAACGAUCCCCCAUAUUUUCUUUAGCUUUCAUCUUAGCAAUGGGUUCUCAAGCCAGAGAAGAUGCAGUGGCGAAGAUCAAGAAGACGUCGACGUUUUGGAAGCUCAUUCGCAAUUACCAAGCUCAGGAGCCUGAGGGAAAAUCCAAAUUUCUCAAGAAGCACCAUGCAACCUCGAAAUGGUGGCAAGAACUUCCGAGAAAGCUUCCUCCGUCGCCGGAUAUUGGAAAUCUGGCAAGCGAUGGCAAGUAUCUUGACUGGAUCGUGAAUAUCAAGACGAGAAAGCAUGGGCUUGGUCCGUACAAUGUGCAUGUUUUCCUUGGCGACUAUGACAAAACUCGUCCGGCUCAGUGGCUCAUCGAUGCGGACCAUGUGGGAGCCUUGACUGUUUUAGGUGCCAAUGAAAGCACAGGAUGCGAAAAAUGCAUCGUUGAUGCAGCCGACGACAUGCAAGUGACCGGUCAAGUGCCUCUGACUCUGGCGCUCGUGGAGCGUUAUCUAGCCCGCUAUCCCGGCGUACGAGAUCUGUCAGUCCCAGUGAUCGAGAGAUUUCUGCAAGAGAACCUUCAUUGGGAUGUCGCUUUGACCGAUGGAAGUGCAUUGCACCGAGGCGAGAUUUCUGACCUUACGGUCUCGGUCAUCACCAACGAGGUUACUGUUCCUGCCUCUCCAAAUGCGCUACCAACAUACGCGCCGGACGUCACACUCCGCCCCGAAAUUACCACCAAAGCCGACACAAGCCAGGGAGGCAGAGGUGAGGGGACGGGCUUGACUCAGAAUGGUAUCAAUGCUGGUGGCAAUGUCUGA